UCGGGCGUAGCGAAAACUAUUUAUUUUUUUUGUUAUUUUUUAUUAAACAACAACUAAAACAAAUUGCAAUAUAGCACACGCAACAAUUUAUACGCUAAACUCGUAAUUUAGUGCCCGGUAAAAAUCUGGCAAGCCUAAAGGAAACCCCUAAAUCGCAAAUUGCUGACACAGCUGUCGCCACUAUUGAAUAAGUUACGACUGCACAACAACAGCAACAAGCAAUAGGGAUCGUCCGUCGGUUGGAGGAGUAACCAAGCGCCAAAAGCAACAGGAGCAGGAGAAAGAAAACACCGAUUGCUAUGGCAUUGGAUAGCGGCACCCAAACGAUGACGGCCAGUGCGCUGACAUCAUCCUUAACAACGAAAAAGAAGGAUGCCGCCGAGAAGGAGAAUCUUUGGUCUGCGAUAUUGAAUGAAGUACAAACACAAGGCAGCACAAAACUUCCAUCAAACAAAUCUGUACUAGUAUUAGGCGACAAUGCCACCGGCAAGACCACACUCAUUGCCAAGCUGCAGGGCGUCGAGGAUCCGAAGAAGGGUUCCGGCCUGGAGUAUGCCUAUAUUGAUGUCAAGGAUGAAUACAGAGACGACAUGACACGCCUUGGCGUCUGGGUGCUUGACGGCGAUCCAGGCCAUAAAAAUCUGCUGCAUUAUGCGCUAAACGAAACGAAUUAUGCACACACCCUCGUCAUACUCACAGUCUCGAUGACACAGCCCUGGGACUGGCUCGAGCAGCUCAAUCAAUGGAUCAAAGUGCUUCAGCAGCAUAUCGAGAGUCUGUCACUAGAUCUCAAGGAGAAGGAGGCAGCUCGCCAGCGUCUCGUUACGACGUGGCAAAGUUAUUGCGAGGUCGGUGAUGAUUUAGAUCCCGGUUCGCCUGUGAAACGCACCAUGCGCAACAAUUCAAUUGACGAGGAUGACCUGUUGCCGCUGACAGAGGACGCACUACUAACAAAUCUCGGUCUAGACAUUGUCGUGGUGGUCACAAAAACGGACUACAUGACAACGCUGGAAAAGGAGUACGAAUAUCGUGAUGAGCAUUUCGAUUUCAUACAGCAAUGGAUACGAAACUUCUGUCUGCGGCAUGGCACAUCACUUUUUUACACGAGUGUUAAAGAAGACAAAAACUGUGAUCUCCUCUAUAAAUAUUUAACGCAUCGAAUUUACGGUCUACCAUUCCGCACACCCGCGCUAGUCGUUGAAAAAGAUGCGGUCCUAAUUCCGGCGGGUUGGGACAGCCUAAAGAAAAUAAGUAUUCUGUAUGAGAAUAUGCAUGCGGUCAAGGCAGAGAACCACUAUACAGAUAUUAUAAAGGCGCCACCAACCAGAAAGGCCGUAUCGAACCGUGAGGCUGAGGUGCAAACUGAAGACGAACAAGUGUUCCUGGCGCGCCAGCAGGAGAUACUCAAGCAGGGCGGUCAGGUGCGCGGCGAAUCGCCGCUCCGAUCGCAAGCGGGCAGCGCUAGUGCUGGCUCCAAUAAGAGCGGACCACGCACACCCGGCAGUGCGGGUCAGAGUUCGCCCAAAAAGAUCGAUCCGAAACUGAAUCCUGCAACGCCCGGCGGCGAGGGUGUGUUGGCAAAUUUCUUUAAUUCGCUGCUGCACAAAAAGUCCGGCGGACCUGCGGGCGCUGGCGGUGCGUCUCCGGGUAAUAUGGGAACUCCUCGGGCUAAUGGAACCGAUGGUCUGAUGACGCCAGAAAAGUUGGCUGUGCGCACGGAUGCGGCUGCGGAACUGGAUCGUCUGUCGCGUAGCGUUAAAAAGGAUAUUGAUUUAUCACAGACAGCGGCAAAAAGACGACCAUUUGGAGUGGUACUGAGUGACGAGCCUCAGACGACGACCAUAAAUCAGAAGAAGAAGAAGAACAUAAAUUUUGCAUACAGACAUAUGUGGAAGUUAUAUACAUUGCUUAAAGCUUUCUGUAUUUUGUUUAUCAUUACUACCAUUAUUUUCACGAUGAUAUUGUAACUAAUCCUAUAACUGUAACAAAAUUCAUAAAUUCAAGACACUACACACACACACAUAUAUUCAGACAGACAGAUAGUUAACGGUUGUUUAUUCGUAGCUGAGCGAGAUGGCAACACUAACGAUACAAUUAUAAUAAUGAAUAAUAAUUUAUUAAGCAGGACAGUUAAACUAAAA